CUGGUCUUGGCCAAUGUUUGAACUAACAGUCAGCUGAUUGUCCCAGCUCCUGUAUAUAUUGAGGACGUUUUGGGCAGACUGUCUGCAGCAAAGAGGACAUUAAAGGCUGUAAAGAUGCGUGGGAUCUUUGCUAGUUGUGCACUCUCAGCCCUGCUGCUGGCGGCAGCCUGGGCAGACCACCACCACCACCCCCCCGGCUCUGAACACGGUCAUGAAGGAGAGCUGAGCUGCCACAAACUGUCCUCUCCCAAUGCUGACUUUGCCUUUGCCCUGUACAAAAGCCUGAAUAACAACACUACUGCUGGACAAAACAUCUUCUUCUCGCCGCUGGGCAUCUCCACCGCCCUGUCCAUGCUGUCUACAGGGGCCAGUGGUGAAACCCACCGCCAGCUGUUCUCCAGCUUGGGCUACAGCACCUUUACCCAGACCCAGGUCAAUGAAGCGUACAAGCAUCUUGUCGACAUGCAUGGAAACAGCCAGGAGAGCCAGCAGCUGGAUGUCGGUAACGGCGUGGCCGUGCGCUCCGGCUUCAGUCCUCUGGAGAAGUUCCUGAAGGACGUCAAGCACUACUACUCUGCUGAUAUCUUCAACGUCGACUUCACCAAACCUGCCGAGGCUGCGGCUCAGAUCAACACCUUCAUUGCUAAUAAAACAAAAGAUAAAAUCAAAGAUAUGGUGAACGACCUGGACCCUGAUAUGGCCAUUGUGCUUACUAACUAUGUCUACUUUAAAGGACUGUGGAAAACACCGUUCAGUCGUGACGCUACACACAAGACCGACUUCAAUGUGGACAAGACCACCAAAGUUCAGGUGGACAUGAUGAUCAGGAAGGGUGACUACGACACCUACUGGGACGUCGACAACCACACCACGGUGGUCAUGCUGCCCUACAAGGGCAACACCUCCAUGAUGAUCGUCCUGCCCGAUGAAGGCAAGAUGAAGGAGGUGGAGGGCUACAUCAACAAGGACUACAUCAAGCACUGGCGAGACUCUGUCUCAAUGAAAUAUGUGGAUCUGUACCUGCCAAAGUUUUCCAUCUCUGCUGAUGCUCCUCUGGAAAACACACUCAAAGAAAUGGGCAUAACCGACGCGUUUGAGAACAAGGCGGAUUUCUCUGGCAUGUCUGAGGUCCCGCUCAAAGUCUCAAAGGCGUCCCACAAGGCUCUGCUGAGUGUCGCCGAGAUGGGAACAGAGGCUGCAUCUUCCACCAUUUUUGAGGCAGUAUUCCUCAGUAAACCCCGGUCCGUGAAAAUUAAUAGACCCUUCUUGGUCUUCAUCCUGGAAAACGUCACCGGGAGCAUCCUCUUCAUGGGCAAGAUCAACAACCCCACAGCCAUGUAAAGAAGCAAGGCAGAUAGGAACCGUGAUCACAUGUUGCAGGAGCCAUAAUGAGAAGCUGCUGGAGUGUUUCUACAUGUGAGCAUGGACACCUUAUGUCUUUUAUUUUGAAAAGACAAUAAAGGAAGACACUGAAAAUAGAAAA